AUGAAUGAAGUGAACAACGGAACACCCGAUUCAUCUGCUUCGAAAACCGAUUCAUCUACACGUAUGGCAUUGCUCAGUGAUUUGAGAGUAUUCGAGUUGAAACAAGAGCUGGAGAAGCGUGGUCUCGACAAAAAUGGCAUUAAAGUUGCUUUGGUGGAAAGACUGGAAUCGGUAGGACAUUCGUCUCUUACUUACAGAAGAACUAGAAUUUAGUGCCAUGCGGCUGAUAUAAAUCUAUUUCAGGCUUUACGUGAUGAAGGACACGAUCCAGCCGAAUUUUUGUUUAGUGUCGGUGAUUACGGCAAAGGUUCAACGCCCACAAAAGUGGUCACGCAAUCACAAUCAGGAAUAACCACCACCACCACCAGCAACGGCAGUAGCAGCAGCAGCAGCAGCACACCAGUAACAGCAGUUGAUGUGACAACCACAACAACAGUGUCGAUUUGUCGCAAUGAUUCGAAUAAUAAAAGUCAUGAGAAUGAUCAGAAUCAAAGUAAAAUCAAAUCACCUCCUCCUCGACAACAACAAACUCAAAAAGAUGAAGAAGAGCAAAAUAAUUUACUCAUUGAUGAUGCUGAAAAGUUGAAUUGUUUGUUGUUUAAGCCAAUGAUAGAGUUGGAUGACGAAGACGGCAAAAAUGAUGUUGAUACGGAGGAUGAGCACGAAAUGGAGGAAGAAAUUAUGAUCGCACAAGAUUCGGAGAUAAAUUCAGAAACCGAGAAAAUGAUAGGUGGUGGGAUGAUGGGUGACGAGUCGGGAGGUAAGAUGGAAGUGGAAUCUGAAUCAUUUGAAGCCGAGUCGAAGGCAGAUGAGGAAAUGAAGUCGGCGAAUAAGGGUGAGGAGAAGAACGGUGAUGAGAGAAUGGAUAGAACGGUGCAGAAGGGUGAUGAGGAGGAGAGGAGUAAGAAGGAUGAUAGAGCUAAAGGGGGUGAUAGUGAGAAGAGGGGAUGUGGCACGGAGCAGUUGGAUGAGGACAAGAAGUCGAGCACAGCCACCACAACAACGUCAGCAGCACAGCAGUCGUCGUCACUAUCGUCGAAGGCACACAUCGUAAGUAGUGCCAAGACAGCGAGUACCAUCAAGAAAACGAGCAAUUCACUCUGGAUCAAAGGUCUUGGCUCGGAAACGAAAGCCGCUGAUCUAAAGACGUUAUUCGCGAAAUGCGGUCGUGUAGUGACAGCGAAGAUUUUCACGAGACGUCAGCAACCGUCGAGUACGUGUUUUGGGUUCGUUACGAUGGUGGACACGAGUGCGGCUGAGGAAUGUAUUCGUUUAUUCAACAAAACGCAUAUCAAUGGGCAUUUGGUCACUGUCGAAAGGGCGGAUCAUUCAAGCAUGCCUGCCGUGAAGUCAGGAACACAGAAGAAAGUGACGACAACCACAACAGCGAGCAGCAGUACUCCGAGCAGUAAGAAUAAAGAGUCAGUGAAAACUGUGGACGAGAAGAGUUCAGAAAAACGAAAAAGUGAUAAAGUGGAGAGGUCGAGUGAUCGGAAGCAAAACGACGACGCGAAAGCAGCUCGUAGCAGUAGUACGAGCAGCAGGACGGUACCGUCGAAGACGAAACGGAUUCCCGUCACUGCACCGAGCAAAUCGAGUUCAGAAAAGGCGAGAUCGGCAGCCGAGGUAUCGUCGUCGAAAACCGUUUCAUCGUCAUCACAUCGUAACCGAUCCCCACCGGUCUUCCGCAAAGGACGUCGAGUGUUCGAACGACCGUUGAUCCACCACAGAGCACCCAUCCGAGGUGCUCUAUCGUCCCGUAAACCCACACGCAUCUCACUCUCAUCACGUCCUCCCUAUCGAGGCUCAUUCUCAUCACGUGGCUCACGUGGUGCCACACGCAUUCUAAUGUCCACUCGUGGUCGUCCGUUAGUAUCUUCAGUGAGCACUCGUUAUGAUCCGCACCACAACACACAUCAUCGCGGCACUUAUCACGGUCGUGGUGGUGGUAUGCAUCGAAGCUCGUUGAUGUUACCAAGUCGAUCGUCCACCGCGCGUUCAUCAUUCUACGACCCAUCCGGAACGGGUGCAUCCUCACUGUCCGCAUCGUAUCGAGGCGGUGAGCUGCCGUCAAGACACCACUCGUCACAAGACUCUGCGUCGUGGGAUCGUCGUGAGAUGAUGAAUCUGAUGCGGAGACGUGAAGAGGAGUUUCGUUUGAAGGAGGAAGAGUUGAAAUUGCAACGUGAACGUGAACGCAUCAAAUUCGAACGUGAGCGUAUUGAACGUGAACGAUUGGAGUUGGAGCAGUUGAGACAGGUGACGGCCAUGUCAACGAACAUGAACGUGGCGAGUGGCGGCACGGGCACUGGCAGUGCCUCCUCAAUGCUACACGUGCAGUCAUCGCGUCACUCACGUACAUCCAACUACGAUGUGGACGAUAUGGAUAUGUCAAGUGGAAGGCGAGGAGAUUCGCGUGUUGGAAACGAUCGGUCGUCAGCACGACACAUCUCGUCGACAUCGUCGUCAAUGUACGGAGCGAGAGGUGAUACGAGACGUGAGUCGUCACGAGACGAUGACUUGCGAUCGCGUGUGCACUCGCAUCGAGGUGGCACGGCCGAACGAGAGAGGGAACGUGAAAGGGAACGUGAACGAGAGCGUGAUCGUAGCAGACAUGUGAUGCGCGAUACAUACGAAUAUGGAUCGUCAAGCGUGCGUGGUUAUGAGCAUCGGCAUCGAGGCGAUUCGUUCGGGCGAAGAACCGAGUCAUCACGUGCUGCUGUUCCUUCGUACGGUUAG